AUGCUGAGGACUCCUUCUCGGGCUUGGGGCCUGGUGCUGGCCUUUUGGGUGGCCUUGGCAGCCGCACAGGAGGCGCAGACUUCUUCCUACUUUCGUGCUACCGGCUCUAAUGGCGGAUUUGAGAUUGGCGCCGCUGGCUCGGUCCAGGUGACGACGACCAGGGAGAAAAUCACAGUAGGUGAGACCAUUGAAUUUAAGACGGCUCAAUCAACUAUCAACAUGACUGCGCUACUCCAGGCGCUGACUAUGCUCCGCCAAGAGAACUCAAAUAUCAAUGCGACUGUAUCUGCCAUUCGUGCCAACACCACCCGCACCAAGCAGCGCGCGAUGCAGCUCACCAACAUGAUGACGGCCAACGCGACAAGUGCCAGCAUCGCUCUCAGUUCUAUGAAUGACAAGGCGACGGCCGCCGCUGGCGUAGUGGCCAGUUUGCGCAGCCAGUACGAACAAGCCGUGGCCACGUACGCCGGUUCGAGCCAGGGCAGCGAUGUCACCAUUCAAACCCUUGUGACAAGUUUCGACAAUCUACAAACUCGCAAGCGUAGCCUGUACAAUUCCACGCUGUCUGCCAUUGCUGCGGAGCAGAUUCCAAUUGCUGCACAACAAGAGAUGCUGACUCGCCACUUGGGCGCGCUCCGCGAACAGAUUCAAGACAAGCUGGACCAGCUUAUGGCCAUGAGCGCCCAGGCUGGCCAAGGCCUCACAGCUGCCACUGAUGCUUGCAAUGAAGCCGCGGCGGAUGGGCUGGCCACCGUAACGGCUGCUGCCAACAACAUCUCCAUGCUGGCCUCGGAGGUGCGGGCCGUUAUUCCGCAAGCACUUCCGGCCGUGCAGAAUGCAUCGGCUCAGCUCAACAACGACUAUGAGGAUCUGAUUGAUUUCUUGUCUGGAAACUACGACAGCUUUGCGAGUGGAUACGAGCAACUGCGUGCCCUCAUCAAUGCUCGCUAUGGUACCAUGAGCCAAACCAUUAUUGCCCCAUCCGAACUUGGUACAAACGACAAUUUUGGUCGUGCCAUUGCCACCUACGGCAACACCAUGGCCGUAGCUGCCGCGGGCUUUUCGAGCCGAUACAUCACCAACGUGGGUGCUGUUUUCAUCAUUGACUUUGACGAAAGUGAUCAAUCAUUCUCCGUACGCCAAAUCAUCGAGGGCCCUUACUACGGCUCGGCCACGACCCUAUUUGCCAACGAUGUGGCCCUGUACGGAGAUACGCUGGUUGUUGGCGCGCCUUACGACGAUGAGAAUCUGACCAAUGCCGGUGCUGCCUACGUCUACCGUCUCAACGCUAGCAAUCUCUUUGAGCUCGAGGUCAAGCUCAGCGCGCCAGAUCAAGAGGCCUCCGACUACUUUGGUCGUAGUGUGGCCAUUUCAGACCGCUUCCUGGCCAUUGGAGCGCCUUACGCUGAUGAUGAGACGGACGAUGGCACCCUGUCAGACAACACCGGGGUGGUCUACUUGUAUCAGCGUUCCAACGCCAGCCAGAGCUUCAGCUCACCUCCAAUGAGGUUGUUCGACACAGAGGCAAACUCGUACGACUACUUGGGUUUGGGCAUCGAUAGCAUUGCCAUCAACGGCAAUUUCAUCGUGCUUGGCGCCUACGCUGCCAAAGAUGAAACAACGGGGCGCGUCGUCGGUUCGACAGUCGAGGCCUAUGAUUACUUUGGAGCCUCCGUGGACCUGGGGAUCACGAGCACAGGUACACACUUUCUGGCCGUGGGAGCCUACGGUGAUGAUGGAGAGACCACGACAAUUUCAACUCAGGGUGCAGUGUAUAUCUUCCAGUCGGAUGGGCGGUCCGAGUUUACCGAGGUCACGACGCUGCGCCGCGCUGAUGCGUCUUCCUCUGACUACUUUGGCUACCAGCUGGCUUUCAACAACGACGCCACCUCCCUGGCUGUCACCACUCGCUUCGAGGAUGUGAGCUCUGCUACCAAUGCGGGAGGCAUCUCGACCUAUGCGCGCGACGCAUCUGGCACUUGGGGGUUGGUCUCGCAUAUUGUGGCUGAAGACGCCUCCACCUCGGACUACUUUGGACAGGAUGUCGCGUACGCCGAUGACUACUUGGCUGUCGGAGCUUAUUUGGGCGAUAAGGCCGCCAGCAAUGGUGGCCAGACCUUGUCGUGGACCUUCGUGUGUGUGUGUGUGUGUGUGUGUGUGUGUGUGUGUGUGUGUGUGUGUGUGUGUGUGUGUGUGUGUGUGUGUGUGUGUGUGUGUGUGUGCAUGUGUAAGGGUAGCGUUGCACAAGAAAAACCAAACAAGGCACGUGACGACAAGAGGCAAUGUGCACUGCACAAAGCGAUAGGAGCCCCCACGAGCAUCCAGAUCUGA